UUACUCCGUGCAGGAUUCUCUGUGCAUAAAACCCAAUUACAUUGCCAGACUGAAGGUCGACUUCGAAAACCAGUUGAGAGCUUGUAUUGUCGAGUGGUUGAUUGAGGCACACAUGGUGUUCGAGUUCCCAACCGAGGCUCUAUAUCUUGCCAUCAAUCUUUUUGACCGAUUUUUGGCUCUUCAUCUGGUGGAAAAGAAGAAAGUGAGUUUGGUUGGAGUAACUGCCUUGCAAUUGGCCGUUAAGUAUGCUGGAAUAAGAGGAUCGAUCCCUUGUGUCGAUUUGUUUUCCGACAUGGCGCUUACUUCGAGCCCUGUCGAGGAGAUUUCGUGCUCCGUAGAGGAGAUUCUAGAAAUGGAGGACUUGAUUUUGAACACCUUAGAGUAUAACUUGUCAAGUCCGACUCCAUCGAAGUUUAUGUGGAAGUUUCUCAAGGAAACUCAAUCUGAUGAUAAGAUCAAGCACUUGUCCUUUUUCUUGAUCGAUCUCUGCCUAGUUCAGCAUGAAAUGCUCAUAUUUCGCCCUUCAGUAUUGGCCGCCGCUGCAAUUUACACUGCCCAUGCCACUGUUAAAGGGUGUAAGCCGUGCAGUGAAAUCUAUGAGCGGUUAACUGGUUGUAGUGCCCAACAAAUCUUAGAAUGCUCAAGACUGAUGGUGACUUUCCAUCAAAAAGCGAGGAGUGUCACGAGUGUGUAUAACAAGUACCACGCGAGGAGAUAUGACUGCGUAGCUAAGGCUGAACCAGCUCGUUUUCUCUUGAAGACCAAGUUAAGCGUGGCCUGGGUCGUCCAGCUUACCUUUUUUGUUCAAAUUUUCUGUCUCCCAUUUUGUUUUGGUGUCUUAUGAGGUAUUUGUGUUAAGCCAUUCUUUGAUUUUAGAGAGACUCUAGGAGUUGCCGAGUCUUUGUAUUCACUGAUGAUUUCGAGCAUAUCAGCUCAUUCAAAGCCCUUGAAUGGAAAGUUGCUGAUUCUCGUUUGUAAAAAUCUAUACUUUGCUAGUGUUGUUUUCAUGUGAACAAGUUAUGAAUCUAUGAAGGUGUACAUGGUUAUGUCUAA